AUGAAGUUUUUCAACUCUAUAUUCCAUCCCUUCUAUGUUCAACAUUGGUUAGCUCAUCACAAACAUGUUAUCAUCGACACGAAACAUAUUGGUGAGCAUGGAGAAUGUUCAGAGGAUCUCGGACUUAAAACACUAAAACAGUAUCCAAAGAACACAGCGGCCUUAUUGAAUUCUUCCAUGGGCAUGGACGGAAAUAUCCAUGGACUGAUUUAUCAAUAUGCACUGCUUGUUUUCACUCCUCUCCCAUAUUGUGGACUUGUAUUCUGGCAUGACAAUCCAUGGUGUCUCCUUACUUAUCUACUUCCUUCACUACUAUUACCUCUUUCCACUAGUUAUCAUAAGUAUCUGCAUAUGUCUGAUGUUUCUCGACGAAAAAAAAUUCCUUUGGUCUUUCGAUGGUUAUUGUCAGAUGCCGGGGAUCAAGUCGUCAAAAAGCAUUUCAUGCAUCAUUACAUGAACAAUGAUUGUAAUUGGAACUUUAUUAUAUUUGCAGAUACGAUUACCAAUCUGUUCGACGGUACAAAUUUGGAGCCAGAUGAGAGAACAAUAGGAUGAGUCGCUACGCGAGAGAGACAACCGAUCGUUAGUGAAACAUCAAUGACAACAUUAAUAAGUAUAGCAACAACUCGACGAGAUGGACAUGUCAAUGGUCCACAAUUAGUUGGAUAUGCACCGACAGAGACACAUAGAUGUCUGGUCAAAGCAUUUGAUGAUGAUUUUCGUAUGAAAAUCGAUGGAUUGAAAGUAGCAAUCCAAGAAGAUCGUGAGAAAGGUCUCGUUCCCUUUUGUAUUGUUGGCAAAGCAGUGACGGUGAAUACAGCUGCAUGUGACAAUCUGGUUGAGUUAUCUGCCAUCUGUCGUGCUGAAAAUAUUUAG